GUCUCCCUGUUUGGAGCGUGGUACCUGGUUUUGGAAGAAGUGUGCUCUGCUCCCCAUCACUAAGCUGUGCCUCAUGGAGUCUACGUUCAGCAGCCCCGCCGAGGCGGCGCUGCAAAGGGAGGCGGGCGCCGGGGGGCAGAUAACCCCUCUCGAGGAGCUGGGCCGAGUGUACGAGCUGGAGCGAAUCGUUGGAUUUAUCCGCAACCUGGGGUGCCAGCGGGUGGCCCUCCAGUUCCCUGACCAGCUUUUGGGAGAUGCUGGGGCCGUAGCAGCACAACUAGAGGAGAUCACGGGGUCCAAGAUGUUCAUUCUGGGGGACACGGCCUAUGGCAGCUGCUGCGUGGAUGUGCUGGGUGCUGAGCAAGCCGGAGUGCAGGCCCUGGUUCAUUUUGGUCCUGCCUGCUUGAGCCCUCCAUCCCGCCCACUACCCGUGGCCUUUGUUCUUGGUCAGCGAUCUGUGGCCUUGGAACUUUGUGCUCAAGCCUUUCAUGCCCUGAAGCUCGAGAGCAGUUCACCUGUGGUGCUGUUGAGUGAGCCAGCCUGUGCCCACGCCCUGGAGCCCUUGGCUGCUCUCCUGCGGCCACAGUACUCAGACCUUCUUGUCUCCAGCCCUGCCCUUCCCGUACCAGAGAGUUCCCUCCAGGCAGAGUCCCUACCAGUGGAGUGCUUUGGGCGCCGCUUCCCCCUGGCUCUGGGGAGGCGUCUGGAAGAAUAUGGUGCCUUCUAUGUGGGCAGCUCUGAGGCCAGCCCCAACUCUGACUUGGAUCCAGACCUGAGCCGCCUGCUGUUGGGCUGGGCCUCGGGACAGCCCUUCUUCACCUGCUGCCCAGAGACUGGCCGGACUCAGGACGAAGGUGCCCGUGCCAGGCGGCUUAAAGCCCGUCGCCACUAUCUGGUGGAGAGGGCGCGAGAUGCCCGUGUGGUGGGGCUGUUGGCGGGCACAUUAGGUGUGGCCCGGCACCGGGAGGCCCUGGGACACUUGAAGAACCUCACCCAGGCUGCUGGCAAGCGGAGCUAUGUACUGGCUCUUGGGCGGCCCACACCUGCCAAACUGGCCAACUUCCCCGAGGUGGAUGUGUUUGUGCUAUUGGCCUGCCCUCUGGGAGCUCUAGCCCCCCAACCUUCUGGUAGCUACUUCCGGCCCAUAUUGACACCGUGUGAGCUGGAGGCGGCUUGCAACCCUGCCUGGCCCCCACCAGGCCUGGCUCCGCACCUUACCCAUUAUGCUGAUUUGCUGCCAGGAUCUCCCUUCCACGUGCCCCUUCCACCACCUGACUCAGAGCUGUGGAGCAGUCCAGAUGUGUCACUCAUUACUGGGGAGCUGCGACCCCCACCUUCGUGGAAACCAUCAGAUGAAUCUGUAGGCUCGGCCUUGAUCCCAAGACCGCAGCUGGAACUGGCAGAGAGCAGUCCUGCAGCUUCCUUCCUUAGCACCCGGAGCUGGCAAGGCCUACAGCCCCGCCUGGGCCAGACUCCAGUGACAGGAGCCGUGAGUGGAAGACGAGGGAUCGCCAUUGCCUACGAGGAUGAGGGGAGCAGCGGAUAGUGUGGGGCCAGAGCUGCAGGCGAAUAGAGUCACAACCAACACCUGUACCAUUUCUCUCACCACUACCAUUUUGGUUCUUAAGGAGCCUGAAUGGAGCAGGCUGUAUCCAGGCAUAUAGUGUAGCACAUAUUGACUUACUAGGUGCCUGACAGCUGGGGGCUAAUUUGGGACUUGCCUAAAGCCUCUUGGGUUCAUUAGUUUUGGGAGCAGCCCACAACCUUUGUUCAUCUCAGUUCCUGUGCACUGGUUCUGGACUGUUGACUCUUGGCCUGGUCCAACAACCAUUGAAGCUAGCUCAUUCUUUAUUGUGCAGGCUGCCCUGGGCACUGCAGGAUACCUGGCAUCAUCUCUGGUUUCUGAUCAGAUGCCAAUGGAAUCACCUUCCCCAAUCGUAAACGCUGAAAAUGUCUCUGGACAUUGACAGAUGUCCCCUAUGGGGACAAAAAUGCCCCUAGAUGAGAACCAGAGAGCCAGACCUGUUCUGUCCAGUGCCGCUGUUACUCAGCAAUUGUGGCUAUUUGAAUAUAAACAUGAGUCAGAUGGGAACACCUUUCCUGGUCAUGCUGGUAGCAGUCAUGUUCAGGUGCUCUGGGAGUACAACACAGCUCUGAGCUUCUCUGAAAGUUCUCCUGGGACACUGCUGCACUUCGCCAGCUCGGGCUUCUUCCCAAAGAGGGAAAGUGUAGACAUCUGAAUAAAUCAGAUGCUUUUCUC